AAAGUUUCACUCUUUUCAAACAAGCGUCCUUGCUGCUUCACAAACAUGCGUGGUCCAAACGGGGACGCUUUGAGCCUCCUCGCGUCUCGACCGGUGUGAUCUGGGCUUCUACAGCUGCUGCAUGUGUGCAGACAGAAGAAAACUCCCGAUUUCAGUGAAGAUUUGAUGUUUGUGGAAUGGUGCCAUCAUGGCGGCCACAUGGAUGUCAGUGGUUGUCAUGCUGUGGGUAGUAGCGGAUGUGUACUCGGUGCGAAGCGAGAGUGACGGUCAACCAUGCGCGAGUGUCCACGCCAACAGUUCCGUGGUGGCGAUGGGGUCGCCUGUGGAAGCCACUUGCGUGAUCACAAAUGACUGCCCCCUCCUCACUGGACACACGGGUGAUGUGGAGUGGCGACUGGACGACAUGGUCCUUCCCAGCGUACCCACGGUCAAUCGGAGCAACAGAACCUAUCGAGUGGUCAUCCCCAGUUUCCAACGCACCAGGGCCAUCCUCACAUGUUGCAUCCUAACCUCGCCCAUGCAGAUCAUCGGAGGGGUGGAAAUCCGAGCUGGAUAUCCUCCUUCAGUGCCACAGAACCUAAGUUGUCAGACCAACCUUUCCACCCACAGAAGCCUGACCUGUAACUGGAAAGCCAGCCUGGAAGCGACCCACCUGCCCACAAAGUACACCCUCCACACCCACAUAGGGAGUUUAAACCAGAACCACACUUACGAGCUGCCACCCGGGGUCCAGAGCUAUACCAUCCCUCGCACUGGCUUUGUGUUAUUCUCAGAAAUGGAAAUAUAUGUAAAAGCUGUGAAUCAGCUGGGAGAAGCGAGUUCGCCGCCGCUCACUUUGGAGCCUAUCAGUUCAGCUAAGUUUGACCCACCAAAGAUUGUAAAAAUCCAAGUGGUGCAGUUUGGCUGCCUCCGGCUAAGAUGGGACUUAUCACAGCACCAGCACUGGAUGAAGGACUAUGUGAGCCUUGAAGUCAGAGUCAAGACAGCGGCUAGCAGCCAAUGGAACCAACCACCAAUCCUGGUGCCUCGGGUGGUGUCCAAGAAGCCUGUGGAUCGGUGUCAUCUGCUACACGGGAUGCAGUACGUGGCCCAGAUCAGAGUUCAAUACCAGCAAAGUCCUUGGAGUGAAUGGAGCAACAGCCAAUCUGCAAUGACCAUGGAGAGAGCUCCUACAGGACUCCUGGACACAUGGAUGAGGGUGACAAGGGAUCACAUGCACAAACAGCUCCAAAUGCUUUUGUUUUGGAAGCCGUCACAACGGUUCAGAGCCAACGGACGAAAUGUGUCGUAUGUUGUCUCUGUGCAAAAAGUGGUGAGUAAGAAGGGAACGCUGUGCGCUACCGCAGAGAGACAUUGCACCUUCCAGGUUCCCCAAAGAGCAAGGAAAGUGUACGUCAUUGCAGUGAAUGCAGCAGGGAAAUCCUCCCCUACGCAAGUCAGAAUCUACCAUCCCAAAGCACAUGAGGCGAUAUUGGACGUCAGCGCAGUCGCUCUUGAUAACAGAUCCCUUCUGGUCCAGUGGAAGAAGAUCACGUCAGCCAUUCUUGUUGAUCACGUGGUGGAAUGGAGACCUCUGUUACAGAACGACCUCUCCCUUGUUCAGUUUGAGCUGGCUGGCCAGAAUAUGUCGAGCAUCGUCAUAACAGGAAGCUUUGAGCCGUACAAGCCCUACGGGAUCUCUGUGUAUCCCAGAUUUAAGGACGGGAUCGGUCGGCCUCAGACUGUUAAUGCCUACUCGCUGCAGAAGGCGCCAUCUUUGGUUCCACAUGUAACUAUUCAAGUAAACGGGCAGUCUCACGUGGAACUCACCUGGAAUGAAAUACCUUUGGACCAACGCAACGGGAUUAUUCGAAGCUACAAAUUGUUUUACUGGGACGAGACAAGAAGAGUCCAUGUGGCAAUUGGAGACCUGGAAGAGAGACGACUGGUCCUGACAGGCCUCAACGCUUUGUAUGUUUAUGAUGCUGUGUUGAUGGUUAGCACGGACGGUGGGAGCCGAAACGGGUCGAUGGUUCAUUUUGACGUCAAAGGAAUAGAUCGGGUGGCUGUCGUGUUGAUGGUCGUGUUGCCUGGGGUGGUUUUAGCUCUGCUGUUCAUUUUUAUGGUUGUGGCUUGUUACACCAAAGAAAGCAGGCUGAAGGUGCGCUUUUGGCCAAAUGUACCUGAUCCUGCAAAUAGCAGCAUCAAAAGUUGGACUUCUGAAUCCACACAGGAUGUCAUAUCUCCUUGGGACCGCGAAGAGCCUAAUCCAGUAUACCUGUCUCAUCUGAGUUUCCUUGAACUCCCCAUGAAACAAAACAAAGAAGACGAUGAUAGCUCUUGGUCUAACAGGCAAGAUGACACCAGUGACCUCGGAGAGUCCAUUUGCGGCUCCCCUUUCCUUCCCACCUUCUCGUCUUCAAACAGUGACUCCGUCCCUUAUGCCACCGUCAUCUUUCCCACUCCGAACUCUCCACCCCAGCAACACGCCCACGUGUACCUGCGCUCAGAGUCAACGCAGCCUCUGUUGGCGUCGGAAGAACUCCAAAGUCCGAAGCGCUACCAGAACCUGGUAUGUGACGGCUCCCAUGGGGAACAGUGCUUCUUUGGACCGUGUGGGUGUCCUGAAGAAGAAGAAGAGGCGGAGCCAGCAAUUCAUUGGGAUGACUUCCCUUUUUUAAGCUCAUUAGCCAUGAAUGAGACUCAUUGAAUUGCAAACUGUGGUACAAGUACCGCUGGUGGUAUGCGGGCUCUGUCGAGUGCAGGGGUGGGCAAACUGCGGCCUGCAGGCCACAUCAGGCCCGCCAAGCUUCUUAAUCUAGGCCACUAGACAUUUCAAAAUUUAUUUUUUUUACACAUUCAACAUGGAAAGUGUAGCCGGCAACAAGACUUGCAGCGCUAUUGUGGCAGGCUUUAGUCGCCAAAAUACUCAGAUGCAAUUUGCAUUUUGUACAAAAAAGUCAUCCAAACAACACAACAUGUCAACACAUGUUGACCCACCUACAUGCCAUAAAAAAUACCCAUAUAUUCCCACCGCAAGGCAUGCUGGGUAGCUUGUGGUACUCUUUUUGCCCUGUUUUUUGAUUGCAAAAUAUGGUGAGGAGGUUGUCAAAGUAGUAAACAAAGAGGAGUAAACAUACUCUUGAUAUCCAAUGUUUUAUUGUUCAUAUUGUUGUUGAAGCUGGACUAACCGGCACAGGCAUUUGGAAAUACUGUAACAGUUUUAAAUGAUGUGUUAUGUUUAGCGCUUACUUGUUGAUGUUGUUGAUGAUGCGUUAAGUUGCGAUGGAUGUGUUGUGUUUUCAUUUUGUUACGGUGUGUAUAAUUGCGUUGGUCUAUAUAUUGACCGCCCACCGCCACAUUUUUUACUUGCUCCUGAUGCUGUGUGAUCAGUAGGUAAAUGUGGUAAUAGUGUCAAAGUGAUUUGAGUACCUUGAAAGUAAAAAAAAUUACUUUAUUUGUAAUAUGUAUUGUGUUCUGGUGUGUAAUCCUGGUAGAAUCAAUGAAAGAAUCACUCUGUGGAUUACAUUGAUGUACAUUCUAUAUCACAAGGGGCAUUGUCAGCCGUUCCAAUGAAAAACUGCUGGCACUUUUUAAAUGUUUUUUUUAUGUUUCCU